AUGGCUACUCAGAAAAAAGAGCAGUCGCUCGCUGCAUUUGUACAGGAGCUGCAGGCUCAAAAUCCAUCCAAGCCCCGGUCACCGACUUAUCCACCAUUCCAGCAUUCGACAUCGCAACAAUCACAUCAGGCUCUUUAUGGACAGCUUCAGAAUUGCACACAGGUCAUGAAUCAGCAUCAGGGAUAUCCUUUUCAGCAGCAACAUCAAUACCAUAAUCAAUCUACACGCCCCGCUCCAUCCCACCAUCACUCAUAUGACCGUCCAUAUUCUCCACCAUUGUCGUUGUGUGUAUCAUCACGUAGUGAACCAAAGCUGGAUUGUGAUACAGAUGGACACGUUCUGCAUGUUCAACACGCCUCGGAACAAAACACCUCACAGCAGUCACUUUUGCAUUUGUAUGCUGGAAAUGGUAAUAGUGGUAUGCAGGACUUGAAGAACUUGAAAGACCAACACGCACUGUCAUUUGAAUCGCAUAGCAUUGCACAACCAAUGCCUUCUCAGCCAUUAAAUUUUAAUCCCUCAUCUCAUGGUUAUCAUCCAUACCAGCACUCUUCUCAUCAACGACCAAAGCAACAGCAGAUUCAAGACUCAUUUGUAGACCUGCACGACUUGAAACAGCACCAAGAGCGCACGCAGCCAUCGUAUCAGCAAUCUGAGCAGCUGAAACGCCCUUUGUCAUCUGUAAUACCAUCUGCUUAUGACUCGAAUGGUACAUCACCCAAUACUGUCAAAGCUACACUGACUAAAGCCGAAGAUAGAUUGGCUCAUAAGCGCAGAAUGAAUGCUGAAGCUGCGCGUCGAUGUCGAGAAAGGAAAGCCGAUCGCAUGAGUACUCUCGAGGCGGAAAUAGCAGUAUUGGAAAAGGCCAAUGCAGAGUUACGUAUCAAGGUCACUGUUCUUGAGAAAACUUUUCACGCACGAGAAGCAGACCUACUGAGCCAUAAUGCUGCUUUAACUGAACAGAUUCGCCAGCUUAUGCAAAAUGCAAUAGACCAUGCCACCGCUCAAGCAGAGACAGCUUCCAACUCUGACGGGAAUGCAUCAAAACCUAACCCAAUGUCUGCCCCUGAUUUUCAGCAUCACUAG